AUGCUUCUCUCAAGCGCAUUCACAGCGCUGACAGCGCUCCUCCCCCUGGCUUCUGCGCUGCCCCAGAUCAGUCGUAAAGGCAAGUACCUCUUCGACCCGUCAGGCAACCGUUUCUACAUCAAGGGCGUGGCAUACCAACCACAAGGUGCUCUUGCUGCCUCGAGUGAAGCCAACGAUGCCAAUGGUGGCUUCCCCGAGCCGUCGUCGUAUAUCGACCCCCUUUCGAGCGGUUCCAACUGCACCCGCGACAUUCCCUACCUCCAGCAGCUCGGCGUCAACGCCGUGCGUGUGUACAGCGUCAACUCGUCCCUGAACCACGACGACUGCAUGAGUGCCCUCGACACUGCAGGCAUCUACGUUCUCCUGGACGUUUCGCUGCCGCUCAAUGGCUCGAUUGACCGCGCCUCGCCGGCAUGGACCACCAACCUCCUCGACCAGUACAUCACCACCAUCAACAAGUUUAACGGCUACUCGAACGUUUUGGCCUACAACGUCGGCAACGAGGUCAUCAACACGGUCAACAACACUGCUGCUGCACCCUUUGUCAAGGCGGCUGCGCGUGACACCAAGGCGUACCUCACUUCCAUUGGCUCCAAGGCGCUCGUUGGAUACUCGGCCACCGAUGGCGAGCCCGACUUCCGUACUCAGCUCGCCGACUACAUGACCUGCGGCAACGACUCGGUCACCAUCGACCUGUAUGGCCUGAACAAUUAUGAGUGGUGUGGCGACUCGACGUACAACACUUCGGGCUGGAACACCAUUGUCAGCGACUUUACCAACAUUACCGUGCCCGUUUACAUGUCCGAGUACGGCUGCAUCACCAGCCCUCCCCGUCUGUGGACUGAGGUUGCCGCGCUUUUCUCUACCCCCGUUUCCGACGUCUUCUCUGGCGGUGUCGCGUUCUCGUACUUCCCCACCAGCGACGGCUACGGCAUGGUCACCUUUUCGUCCGAUGGCAACACUGUGACCACCUCGGACGACUUUACCCGUCUUGCUACUCAGUACAACGCCACGUCGCCGCCCAACUCGCCCGCACAGAGCAGCGUGACCGCCACCGAGCUCACGUGCCCCGACGAGUCGAGCAGCCUCCUCGCCAGCACAAACCUCCCGCCUACCCCUCAGGAGUCGGUCUGUGACUGCAUCAACUCCCAGGCCCUCGCGUGCCGCAUCAUCGCUGCCACCGCCGACUCGCCCAACAAGAUUGGUGCGCUCACCGACUAUGCCUGUUCGCUCCUCGGCUCGUCCAACUCGACCGUCACCUGCUCCUCGAUCGCUGGCGACGGCACGACCGGCGUCUACGGCCAGCUCGCCAUGUGCUCGCCCGAGAUCAAGCUCAACUACGUCAUGAGCGCAUGGUACGAGUCCAACGGCCUCGCGUCGUCUUGUGACUUUGACGGCAACGCCACGCUGUCGUCCAACAUGCCCAACACUGCCGACGACGCCAACACGGCCGCCCAGGCCUGUCUCGCCAACCAGUCGACCGUCGUCACUCCGACUGCGCAGUCUGGCAACGCCCCGGCCGCGACCUCGACGGCCUCGACGGGCUCGGGCUCGGGCACCACCUCGUCGUCGGGCAAGGCCAGCGCUGCCGUGGCCGUCAUGGGCAUGCCCUCGAUCGCCGUCCUGGCCGUCACCGCCGUCGGUGUCGUCCUCGGUGCCGCGGCCAUUGUCGCCUAA